CUGCUCUUAUAUCGUGAUAUUAAUUUAUUUUUUUAUUGGCGCAAAAUAAUUGCUAAUAAACAGUAUACUGAUACUUGUAAAGAAUACGCUUUCUGAUAAUACAAUUGCAAACUUAUGCUCGUGUUUUUAGGGGAAGAUCCGCCAUCCAACACAGCUUCCACCCUCAUGUUGUUUAUAAUUACCGAGGCUCGACGUACUCCAUGACUCGGAGUCUCGCUAAUAACUAAAGCGCUCAGCUUCUGCUUGACUCGCUUCUUGCGAUGUUUCUUAGUCAACUUUUUAAUUCGGUACGAGCAGAUGGUGAUAUGCUUGUCAAUUGGUUCAAUGACAGUUUCAAAACUUUCUGCGACAUCACAUCCUCAAUCACCGAAGUCUGCUGAGGUUUAUUUGACACUUCCAUCACCCUCUCCUUCGAUUCCCCCUUCGCUUUUUGCACAAUUUCCAUCACCGGUUCACCAACCUCUUGGACUUCCUGUGGCUUGAAUGGCUCUUGACGUUGAGUCGUAGUGGGUGACGGAGCACCCUCUUGCUGUCCGCCCAUUCGAGAUUUCUGCAGCAGGUCGGCAACCUUGAUUUUUUUCUGUACUUGAGUCAACC